AUGCAGACGUACGGCACAACUCAGCAAAUUGUUCAACAGGACAACACCGAAAAUCCAAGAAUGGGACCAACUGAACUGGAAGGCAAGAAAUACCCAGCAAAAGCUCACGCCAAAAAGGCGAAAGACUUUUUUCUGUCAAAAAGACCUGGUGGAGAAACCUCAGCAGCGUUUUUCUUAGGCGGGGCUGACCUCCUGCUCUAUCCUUACUGUGAUCAGACAGCUCCUUUCAGACAGAACAGGUAUUUCUACUAUCUGACGGGAUGUGAGAUCCCGGGGUGCUUUGUGUCCUUUGAUCUGGAGUCCGAAAAGUUGACACUCUUUUUACCAGACAUCGACUACGAUGACGUGAUGUGGAGCGGUCUUCCCCUGUCAAUCAAAGACGCCAAGCAGAAAUACGAUGUCGAUGAAGUUUUAUACGUGAGUGAGAUUGAGAAAUCUCUCAAGGCUUUCGGAAGCAAGGAAAUUUUCACUACGGACACGGACGUAUUCAAAUCAAAGUCUUUUUCCACACUGGUCAAAUCUGGUGACCAGGACUUCUUCUAUGCUCUUGACGAGGCAAGAUUGACCAAGGACGAGUUUGAAAUUGGCUUGCUGAAACACGCUGCUUUGAUAACGGAUAAUUGCCACAAGGCGGUGAUGUCAGCUUUGCCUAUCGAGACCAACGAGACUCACAUCCACGCUGAGUUCAUGUACCAUUCGGUCAGACAAGGAGCCAAAAACAUGGCGUAUGAUCCCAUUUGUUGUGCUGGACCACAUUGUGGGACAUUACAUUACGUGAAAAACGAUAGUUCUACCGAGAAUCAGCAUUCGAUCCUCAUUGAUGCGGGUGCUGAGUGGAACUGCUAUGCGGCUGACGUUACCAGAUGUUUCCCCAUCAGCGGUGAAUGGACUAAAGAGCAUCUUGAGAUAUAUAACAUAGUCUCCAAAAUGCAGGAUGAGGCUAUGGAGGGGAUCAAACCUGGCGCAAGCUGGGAAGACCUUCAUUUGCUUGCUCAUAAGGUUCUCAUCAAGGAGUUCAUAAAACUUGGUAUCUUUGUGAACGGCACAGAGGAGGAGAUAUUCGCCAGUAAGGCUUCCGCAAUGUUUUUCCCUCAUGGCUUGGGCCAUCUCCUCGGAAUGGACACUCAUGAUGUUGCUGGACAUGCCAAUUACAGCGAUCCUGAUCCGUUGCUGGUCUACCUAAGAUUGCGCAGACCAUUGGAAAAAGGAAUGGUCGUCACCAACGAACCCGGUUGUUACUUUUCUCCUUUUUUGAUUGAAGCAGGUCUCAAGGACCCAAGCAAGGCCAAAUAUAUCGAUAUGGAUGUUGUUGAAAAAUACUGGUACAUCGGAGGAGUGAGAAUCGAAGACGACAUUCUGGUCACAUCUACUGGUUACGAGAAUCUCACGGGAAUCACCAAAGACCCCAAAGAGAUUUCAGCCAUCGUAAAAGCUGGUAUUUCCAGGGGAAAGGAUUAUUUCCACAAUAUUGUUUAA